AUGGCUAGACGGUCAGCCCCAAGAUUGUUCGCUAUUGUGACAGACGAUGAUAAAAUCCCUCAGCAUGAGCACGCCAGGGUCGACGGAGUAACCCAGGCGCGGAUUCUCGAAGAGACACUUGCGUUCAGAACUAUCGGACCAUGCCCGCUUUUCCAAGAUGUCGAGUUAGUUGUUGAAUGAUGAAAUUGUGAUCACAAUAUGCAAAUUUCAGGUUCAAGUUGCCAACGCUUACGACAGGUGUCAACGACGUCUGGUUCACACUUAUUAGCAACACAACAGUGCGGACCGUGUGUGAUGUUAUAAAAGUGACGAGAAGAGAUUUCAAAAGUCUGGAAGCAAAUAAUUUACUGACGAACAACGUUCUGGACGCCUACUUCACGAUGAUCAACGUCAGAAGCUGGAAAGGUUUUGGGACAGCUUGCACGAUCUACUGCGUCCCGUGUUUCUUCUUUGAAGCGUACUGCAAAAUGUAUUCUCAACAUCUGUCAGUUUUCGUGAGGGAGUUCAUCCAGAAAAAGAUGAUCAGAGCGAAAAUGCUCGUGAUUCCGGACCACAGGUUCUGUCAUUGGUCUCUGAUCAUCGUGGAUUUUGUGGAUAGACGAAUUUCUCGUUACGACCCGAUGCGAAUGAAGUCUGAUGAGGCUCUGGAACAGGCAAAAGAGUUGAUCACGCACGUUCACUCUCUCCAUUUCAAGAACUACGUUCGGGACUGGGCAAAUUGGCUGUUUACCCACGUUGAAGACGGUCCGAAGCUGACGAAUGGAUACGACUGGGGAGUCUUCGUUACGCAGUACGCGGAGUGUUUGAGCAGAGAAGUAAGGCCGAAUUUCAAGCAGAAACAUAUGCGGGAUUUCCGGAAGAUUAUGAUGGUUGAGAUUAAGAAUCAGCAGAUUCUUCCCAGAACAUAA